CUUUAAAUGUAGAAGAUGACGUUAAUAAUGAUUCAUGGUGAGACGUGGAAUCCGUUAAAAUUGCAUUAUCAGUUAAGAAACGUGCGGGAACGAUUAGCUAAAAACCUGGUAGAAAAGGGCGUAUUGACAACCGAGAAACAGAACUUCCUUCUUUUUGACAUGACGACACAUCCCCUCACCAACAACAACAUUAAGCAGCGCCUCAUCAAGAAGGUGCAGGAAGCCGUUCUCGACAAAUGGGUGAACGACCCUCACCGCAUGGACAAGCGCCUGCUGGCCCUCAUCUACCUGGCCCACGCCUCGGAUGUCCUGGAGAACGCGUUCGCGCCCCUCCUGGACGAGCAGUACGAUUUAGCCACCAAGCGGGUGCGGCAGCUCCUGGACUUAGACCCUGAGGUGGAGUGUCUGAAGGCCAGCACCAACGAGGUGCUGUGGGCAGUGGUGGCCGCCUUCACCAAGUGACCCUGCGCAGAACCGAGCGUCCUCCUUUCUCUCGCGGCAACCAGUCAUUUUCCUUCCAGGGACUUCUGGUUUUCUGCAGUUGGUACUUCCCACACUAUAAUUGGCUUUUGUUUUAUGAAAUGGUGGGUGGCUUUUUCUUUUGUGUAUGUAUGCAGGAUUCUGCUGGUACGAGAGGCCUUCCUCUUUCUGUUGUGAGAAAAGUUUCACCACCAUACUGGCAUUCCAUUGCUUGUUGCCCGUUUGGGCUCUGGUGUGCUUUGACUGUCAGAGCACCUCCAGGGUCCCCACACGCACAUCUUGUGGAUUACCUCAGGUUGAGUUUCUCCCACAUGUGCAUGUACAUCUCGCAUUCUGCCUGCAAUUCAGACAGAAGUCACAAAAAGGCCUUUAACUCACCAAAGGUAAAUAUCUGUAUCUAUUAGGACGUUUUAUACAUAGACCUCAGUUGAGAUGUAUACUUAGCAAAAUUAUUUUUAAAUUGAAAUACACAGUAAAUAAUAUAAAGUGCCCCUUGGAUCUUGCUUCCCAUGUAAAUCUGUUGUAUUAUUACACUUGUUAUAAUUUUAACUAUUAAAU